CAUAGAAAAACGGAACGGACCUAUGCGAUCUUUGGACUGUUUGUAAACAGACAUGGCGGAUAAGAAGUUACUCGUUGUUGUGUCUUCUAUUAUCUGCAGUCAGAUUGACGAAGAUUAUGACGAAAUUUCUUUAUCAUCCAGCAGUGAUUCCAAUGACAAUAAAGAUGAUUUUAAUGACGAGGAAAUUGACAUGCGUACCUUAUAUGUCAUGUUAAUGGCGAAUAAGACGCACGGUCAAACUCGUCAAGUCGAAAAAGUAAACGAUUAUGUGGAACGAGUUAUUCCAGGAUAUUCAAAAAUAACUUUUAAGGAACAUUUUAGAGUGUUUCCAGAGACAUUUCAAAUAAUUCUGAGGCUUUUGAGAGCACCUUUGAAUGCCACAAAUGCUCGUGGAAGGAAACAAAGAUCUGCAGAAAAGCAACUUUUAAUAACAUUAUGGUACAUGGCUACUCCAGAUUCAUAUCGAUCUGUGUGCGUCAAGUUUGGUGUGGGAAAGGCCACUGCACUGCGCGCUGUGAGACGGGUAACUCAUACUCUCCAUUGUCUAGCACCACAUUUUAUUAAAUGGCCAAGAGAAGAAGAGGCUAUCGAUACCAUGGAAGCAUUUAAAAAAGUGAAAAGUUUUCCAGGCGUUAUUGGGGCUAUUGAUGGCUCAUUUAUACAGAUACAUAGUCCUCAAAAAGAUGCAGCUUCUUAUGUCUGUAGAAAAAAUUAUCCCGCUAUUCAUCUACAAGCUGUGUGUAAUGCUCGAAGUUUAUUUACUCAUUGCUAUGCUGGGCAUGCAGGAUCUGUGCAUGAUGCACGAGUUUUUAGAAACUCUCCUCUAACUGACUUUAUCCAACAGCCACAUAAUUAUUUUCCCUUCGAUUCUCAUCUUUUAGGAGAUGCAGCAUAUUCAAUUCAUCCACAUGUCAUAGUGCCAUUUAGAGAUAACAGACAUCUCAUUGCAAGACAAAAAAACUUUAAUUAUUGCUUAUCAUCUACUCGCAUCAUGGCCAUUGAAAGAGCUUUUGGACUUUUGAAAAUGAGAUUUCGAGUUUUGCUUGACUGUUUGCCUCUUACUAAUAUGACUAACAAGGGACAUUCGGCAACGCGG